AUGUUGGCACGUAAGGCGGUGGUUAAGAAGGAAAUAGUCCCCGAAACGCCGAAAGCUUUACUAGCGUCACGUAUCAAGCUUGAGGAAGAUGUGAGAGAACGAUUCGACAAGUGUGAAUUCCUUCCAUAUGAUCAGAACGUGAUUAGCAAAGUCUCCAUUUCAACAAAACUAAUGAAGCAAUAUUUUGGUCCUACAGGAUAUACUCAGAGAGCGGGGGAGCAGCAAGCUCGGAGGCUGGUUAACUUGACUUACACAUUUAAAGAUGCUUUGAACGAGGAAAAGAGAAAGAUGCAAUUGAGGUGUCACGGUCUAUGCGUCAAGGGCUUCUAA